AUCUCAAGUUCCCAACUCAACUCAAGCCCUUGUGACUCUCACAAAAAACGAAGUCAUGUCUUCUAAGGCUAUCACUCUUUUGCUCAUUGCUCUUCUCUUCUCUCUGUCCUUAGCUCAAGCUGCUAGGCCCCUGCAGCCAGCUGACAGUACCAAGAGUGUUCAUGUGAUCCCUGAGAAAGUUCAUGAUGAAGAUUGUGAAGGAGUUGGGGAAGAAGAAUGCUUGAUGAGGAGGACUCUCACUGCUCACGUUGAUUACAUCUACACCCAAGAUCAUAAUCCAUGAUCAAUUAGGUUUUAUAAACAAUGGGGUUUUUGCUUAAGCUGUUGUUAUUUCUGUUAACCCCUCUGGUGAUUUAGUAAUUAUAAUUAUGAUAAUAAUGGGAUAGAUAUUUACUUGUGAUGGUUAACUCGGUUUUGGUUUAUGUACAUGUGUGCGGAUUUCUUCUUCUUCUUCUUGCUUACGUUUGGUGGUUUGUAACGUUCUGUUUCCUGUGGGCUUUUUGUGUGUUGUCCUUUUGUAUUCUUUCAAAAGGAGUAUAUAUUUUAUUUUGUUCA